GUCUGUACUCCCACCAUCUUUUUCUAUCCUCACUGUUCAAUAGUAUCGUGUUACAUGAGCAACGAGGGAACCGGUUGCACGUUACUUUUUUUUUUACCAAUGUUCACCAGUACGAAUAGAUGCGUUGUAGUGUAGUGAGCGAGGGAUCAUGAACAGAGAGAAUAUUUCUCUUCUAUAUAAGAAAGCGCAUUCGGGUCUUUCCGUUUGUUUCGCGACACUCUGCAUCGUUGACAUCUUUGGCGUCUUCCCGAUCAUCGCUUUGCCGCGGGCUAUCAUUCAGUGCGGCAUGUUCUUAGCUAUUUCAAAUUCUUUAGGAUGGCUCGGAAUACCUUUGGUCCUUGUUGUCCUUGGACUUCAAAUAUAUACAGCUGCGCUACUCGGCAAGUCUUGGACUAUCGCCACAGCAUUGGAUCCAAACAUUUCAAGAAAAAAUCGCUAUCCUCUUGCGGCCGUGACGGAGUUCACCCUGGGUCCAUUAGCGCGAACGUGUGUCACUGUGCUUUUGGAUCUCACUGUGUUUGGAGGUGGUAUACCAAACUUGCUCGUAGCGUCGCAGAAUUUACAGCUUUUUGGUCUUAAAGUGUCCCAACGCGAAUUUGACCUUUCUUACUGUUACUGGUUGCUGAUAGUAGGUGUAUUGCUAUGUCCCAUAAUGUGGCUCGGGAGUCCUCGAGACAUGAAAUGGCUGGCGUCUUGUUCCUGCUUAGUAGUGACUCUCACGGCUUUACUCAUCUGGUGGUGCAUAAUAUCGGAUGUGAACCCUUCGAAGGUCCAGGCCAUACCAAGUACACCUUCAUGGGACAAAUUCGUUUCAGCGUAUGGUAUGUUGGCUUUUCAAUUUGACGUCCACCCAACCUUGAUGACUAUUCAAGUGGACAUGAGAAGGCCCAAAGAAAUCCAGAAGGCCGUUCUUCUUGCCUUCCUAGUCAGCGGAUCCUUGUUCGGUAUCACUGCUGGUUUGGCAGUAUGGAAAUACGGCGGGAGUACCACAGCAAAUAUUCUUCAGUCGGUCCCAACCGGAAUUACUCUCAGUGCAGCAAUUUUGUUGGCUGCCCUUCAGCUAUGCUUGUCCAGCGCAGUGGGACACUCGGCCCUAUUUCUUCAUCUGGAAGACCAACUACGCGUCCAGAGAUCUUUUGGCUGGAAGCGAUGCGCCAUUCGAUCAGCUGUUGUGUUCCUGGGAGUUGCCGUAGGUGAAUCAGUUCCACGAUUUGACAUUGUGAUGGCCCUUAUCGGCGGAACUCUUACUGGACCUCUUGUUUUUCUUCUGCCGCCAUUGAUAUAUGCUCGUGUCAAAGCACUUUCCGCUUCCGGUACGCAUUCAGCGACGCCUGAGAUUUACUCGGCUUCGGAGAGGCUACCUGGUCAAGGUUUGGAUGUCGUGACGGAUCCAAGAGUUCACUCUCAGUCGGUUUACUAUGGAUUUCUGGACACGAAAGUCAGUCGUAAUCGUUACUCAUAUGUUUACUAUGAUAAUGAUCAAUCCAGUGAAUGUACGGAUUACGACGAAGUAACUGGGGACUCGGAUAGUCCCAAUGAUCUCCUUCUUACUCAACAAAGACUUCGUGACGACACCGGCGCCAGCGAUGACGCCGAUGCGGCCAGACCUUUGAGAGCUCGACGUUCGAGGAACGUUAACGACGCUCCUAGAUCAAGACCCGAUUGCGAUCUUUACUCCGCCGUGGAUUGGUUUGGAUAUUGCAUCGUCAUUCUUGGCGUUGUCAUUACUAUUUCCUCGACUUAUAUUAAUGUGAUCAAUACCAUAAGAUUCGUUCGAUUUACACCACCCUGUAUCAUAAACGCUACCGCUGCCGCGCACGCAUUGAACUUUAAAUAAGUUUGCAUUACCUUCUUUUUUAUAAACUUGAUAUAAAAUUCAUAAUAAAUUAAUAUCUAAAAAUAAUUGUAAUGUUCAGGAAAAUCUUCCACGAUGAGAAGUUGGAAUUUAAUAGGAAGUCAGAGUGAGAUAAGUAAAUUUUUCCUCCUCGCGUGCA